GUCAGCUUGCUUUACGGCAGCUAAAACAAACCGAAAUGUCAAGUUUGGUCGGUUGAAAAAACAAAACAAAACAGCAUCUAGUUGACAUGAUCCUUAAAUUGGAGUUUCCGUGCAUUUACGUAAGAAAGAAAAUCGGAUGAAACCACAGAAUCGUGAGAUAUUCAGCGGAUAUUGGGAGCAACGCGAGAUUUUAAGGUUAUCUUAAACAGACAACGUUAGCUUUAAAGCUAGCUGCAUAUAAGUAACGUCCAAGUCAGUCAGCUGACUCAGAAGAGCGCAACCCUGAUAGUAAAGUUGGACGUGUUUCAGGAGGAAAUAUUGUAAGAGUGGAGUAAAGUGUGCAUUUUAUAACGUUAGUAGGUCAGGAUACACAAAGUAAACACGCUGUCGAGGCAGCAUGCAGCUCACUAACUGGGAAUUAUGAUUUGUUUACUUGGGUGCAUAUCUGGAUAGGACCAUACCUGUCUGUAUGAACUAAGACUCAAUGACUUGCUAUGGUUUGUUGGAGAUCAAUUGGUAAGAAAAUAACAGUAGAUCUGGUUCAUAAGUAGAGUAGCAUUCAGGCUUUGUGCCAUUUCCUACGCUUGAUCAUCUCAGGAAAUUAUUUUCUGAUUGACUUUAUAUUGUUUUAUAUCGUGAUCAUUAUCUGCUGAUGCAGCUGAUACACAAUCAAUAUCAGCUGAUGUGCGACUAUUCAAAGGAUCUCCGAUCUAAAAUCGAGACCAUGUGGCUCCAGCAGAGAUUGAAGGGACUUCCUGGUUUGCUCUCGAGUAGCUGGGCCAGACGGGUUUUAAUCGUCUUGCUCCUUUUCCUCAUUUUUUACUGGUACGCGAGUUCUGACAGGAUCUUCAAGUUUCCUGGCUUCUUCCGGGAGGCUGGGGGAGCUGCCGGAGUCUGCCUGCAGACUGAUAUUAACCGAUGGAAAAGCCAGGUUGAGCGCGGUGAGGGCAUCAUGAGUACGCCGCAGAUGAGAAGCACGGUGCCGUUUGUAACAGGGAAUGGCCACAUCUUGGUGGAUGUGGAUUCUAAUAAACUCUGGGUGACGCCAUCCUCUCAGCCGGGUUCGGCCCCGGUGCACCUGACCGAGUAUUCCCCCAUUGUACGAUGGCAGGUAUCUGGAAAGCGAUCCGAGGCACAGGCGAAGAUGUUGUGGUAUCGCAAAGGCUCCGUGCUCUCUUCCUGGUGUAUCCUCCUCGACAGUUCCCAGUCGUCUCGGGACUGUGUCAUUAUACGAGAGGAGCACAUCGCCCACCGGAGUCGGCCAAACGUCUACAUUCAGCGGGUUCACAUCAACAACCCGACAGACAAAGCAAUAACAGUCGAGGCUUCUGUGGAGUCGCUGUCACUUAGGGGGGUUGCGGAGAAGGUGGAAGAUGAAGAAUUGAUGGUGUCCACUGGAAAAGUUCUUAAAGAAAAUAAGGAAACGGUGUUGAUUGCUGUGGGUACAAAACGAUUGAGCACACGCUUUCAAGUCCCUGCGAAAUCCGACCGUACUGAAAACAUAGUGAGUGUAAUUCAUACGUCGGAGCCUGUCGGGUCUUCUAUGACAGACGAGGUCUUCAGCAAGCUUCGAGAUGAUGUCAAAAGAGAGUUGGUAGAGUUGCUGCGAGCCAAACCGGAGGAUUUGGUCCAGGAGCACCAGCAGGCGUGGGCAGAUCUUUUCAUAUCUGGUAUAGAGAUUAGGAAAAUCACAGACGCCCACACGCCCUCGAGUUUCACGGUCAAUACUACGCUGUACUACAUCCUCUCCUCCUCCAUGGCACCCUUGCUGGAGAGCAGCCUCAGCCCUGAGGAGCUCGAGAAGCUCGAGUCAAGCCUGAACUACGCAGAUCACUGCUUCAGUGGCCACGCCACCAUGCACGCGGAAAACCUGUGGCCCGAGAGCGUGAGCAGUGCCGCUUCUCUCCUGCAACUUGUCAAUCUCUGGACGUUAACCCUCCAGAAACGGGCCUGCAAGGCUCUGGUUUCAGCCGGUGCACAUGGCAUGAUGCAGGCCGUGACGCUUAGUUUCGGAGGCCUGCAGUUCACAGAGAACCACCUGCAGUUUCAGGCCGAGCCGAGCGUCCUGCAUAACAGCUACUCGCUUCGUGGCUUGCGCUACCACCGCGACCGCAUCAGUCUCUCGGUGGUGGCUGACUCGGAGGGUCGGCCCUCACUACACGUCUCUGUAAAACCGCAGGACGAAGAGAAGCCGGUGAAGCUGUACGCCUGUGAAGCAGGGUGCAUCAACGAGCCCGUGGAGCUCACGUCCGAGCCUCGGGGUCACGUUUUUCCCGUUUUAGUGACGCAGCCUCUGACGCCACUGCUCUACAUCUCGACAGACCUGCAGCACCUCCAGGACCUGCGGCACACUCUGCACGUCAAGGCCAUCCUGGCGCACGACGAGCACAUGGCUAAGCAGGAUCCGGGUCUUCCCUUCCUGUUCUGGUUCAGCGUGGCGUCUCUCGUCGCCCUCUUCCACCUCUUCCUCUUCAAGCUCAUCUACAACGAGUACUGCGGCCCUGGUGCCAAGCCGCUCUUCAGGAGCAAGAUUUCAUGUGAUGAUCGUGAUCUAGGACCUGGCGAUACAGUUUCAACUUGAUAUUCACGAGGAUGUCCUCUAACCCCAUCAGAUACCUUCCUGAAGUCCUGGGGACGAGUGUCCGAUUCUUUCAAUCCAUUAUUUCUACAAAUCAUUCAAAAUCUACAGUGGAAUCGAGUGUUAAAUGUUAGUAACUUCAUUUAAUUAAAGAAAGCAGGGAAAAUAUAGUUUUUCAUUGUAUUUUUGAAUUUAAUAUUCAAAAUAAUUGCAUAUUAAAAGGACAUUGGUGUAUGUAUUUAAGUGUGAUAUAAAUGAAGAUUUUUUUUAAAAGGGGAAUUUUGAGAGCAGGUUUAGCAUUUAGUUAUAUCCUUAUAUAUGUUAUAUUAUGCUAGUUGAAAGUGUUAGCAUCAAAGCUGGGUAAUGACUGAUUCCCUAACACGGUCUCAUAAUGUCUACAGAUUUUCAUUGCUAGAGACUUAAAACACUUUUGUACGUCGCUCUGGACAAUUGCUUCUGCUAAAUGCCGCAAAUGGAAAUGUACAAAUUCGGCACAAUCCACAAGAUUAAUUUUGUAACAAUGGGCUUGAAGUUAUAACACAGGGCUUAAAUUUCUUUAUCAAAACACACUUUCUUUAGUUAAUUUGAUUUAAUGCAUAUUUUCUAUUUGAUAAUGUUCUUACAUUUCCUUUUUUUUUUUUAACUCAAGGUAACGCAUGA